AUGUCCGCUCACAACUGCCAAGCUAUGAAUCUGUACUAUUGUCAACCGAUAUUGGUUCAACUCGCAGAAGAUUUUCACGUCGAUUACAUUGAGGUUUCUAGGAUCCCUACACUGCUCCAGGCAGGUUAUGCCGUAGGCCUUGUCUUUCUCUCCCCUCUCGGAGAUUUGAUUCGUCGACGACAACUCUUGCUCGUAUUGAUGUUCACGUCUGGAUCUCUUUCCGUUGGGCUCGCACUCACAAAAUCGAUAGUCGGCUUCGAGAUCUUGUCUUUUUUCGUCGCAAUUUCAUCCGUGACACCACAGGUGUGUAUUUUUGUGAGGUCAACAAGCGUACGAAGGAAGCUAAUCGGUUCAAAGGUUUUGAUGCCCCUCACCGCUGAUCUUGCACAUCCAAGCAGACGCGCAACAUCCAUCGCAAUUGUAAUUUCCGGUCUACUGAUGGGCGUGCUCCUAGCGCGCGUCCUCGGUGGAGUAAUCGCCCAGUUUUCAAGUUUCAGGAAUAUAUAUUGGAUGGGGGUUGGAGGCCAAUUCCUUCUCCUCUUGGCAAUCUACCUCGUCUGCCCGGAUGUUCCCGUCAAGAAUCCUGAUCUCACCUACCUCCAAAUCCUAUUGACAAUGUUGAAGUUCGCGGUGACGGAACCUUUGUUACUCCAGGGCGCGUUGAUCUUUUUUGCUGGGAGUGCAAUUUUCGCUGGGUUCUGGGUAACCAUGACUUUCCUGCUCGCUGGCGCGCCGUACCACUAUUCAACAUUGGAGAUCGGAAUUUUCGGUCUCGUUGGGAUGUUUGGAAUUUCUACCGCUCCUUUCGUUGGCCGUCUAGUUGAUGGAUUCGUUCCUUGGAUGGCAACUUUCGUAUCACUCGUUCUUGUUCUGUUGUCACAAGUGAUCCAGACGGCUGCUGGUAAGAUCAGCAUCGGUGCGGUAAUUGUCGCGACGUUGGUGCUUGAUAUUGGUGCCCAGGCCUGUCAAGUUUCUGUCACGGCAGCUGUCUUCGGAAUUCAGCCCGAAGCCAGGGCGCGCCUCAACGCCGUCCUUGUCUUCUUUUUAUUCAUGGGUCAAGUUAUGGGAACGGCUGUUGGUACAGAGCUGUUGGUCAACCGCAGCUAUACAUUUUCCUCGGCCGUCCGUGUUUCUUUUUGUGUUUUCCAAUUCGUUGUCCUACUCGCCCGCGGCCCACACGUCCCCCGAAAAACGUGGUUUGGCUGGGCAGGUGGUAUGGAGUUUAGGAAACAAAGUCUGGAGAAGAAGUCUGUUUCUUUUGUGGACGAAAAAGGAGCUGCAAUCAAAACCGACUCCCCCGCUUGA